CGGCAAGUUAACGCUUCCUCACGAGGCUUGUCUGGCGCUAUAAAAGAAGCCUGUAACAUCAGUGGGUGUUCACUUUGCAUUCUGCAGGAAGUUCAAAAAAGAGGAAAGUGUCCAGCGGAAGAGACACAACGUAAAGAUCGAGACGAAUAAUUUGGAUUCUGAUUUUUCAUAUAAAACUUGAAAACACUGUAAACCACAAGGAAAACGAUGGCCGGACAGACGAAGCUGUACUUCUUCGACGCUCGUGCUAGAGGAGAGAUCUCCCGCCUUGUCCUGGCAGCCGGAGGGAAACCCUGGGAGGACGUGCGUGUGGCUGGAGGAGAGGAGUGGCAGAAAAAGACCAAGCCAACCACGCCAUUUGGAACAGUCCCAGUCCUUGACAUAGGCGGAAAGCAGUAUGGGCAGAGCCUGGCCAUUGCGUCCUAUUUGGCGAAGCAAUAUGGUUUGUACGGGUCUUCACCUCUGGAAGAACUCGUGAUCGACGAGGUCCAACAACUGAGAGAGGAUUUGUUUAGGAAUGAAGCCGCACACUUCAACGAGAAAGACGAAAAAGUGAAGGCUGAGAAAGCAAAGGUCCUGAAAGAGGAGACCUAUCCCAGAUAUCUUGGAUACUUCACAAAAAUCUUGAAAGACAAUGGAAAUGUGUUCGUCGUGGGCAAAAAGGUGUCCUUGGCAGAUCUGGUCAUUCUGGAGUCCACAACGACCUUGAUACAGAACGUACCAGGUCUUUUAGACAAGUAUCCGGAACUCAAGGCCCACAGAGAGAGGACUUCUCAGGUUCCAGGGGUUAAGGAGUACCUGGCCAAAAGGCCCACCCAACCUAUCUAAACAUAGUUUGGUUAGGGGCUUUUUCUACUCAUGACGCAAAUGUACAUAAUUUAUUAAUGAUCACCAGCAUUGUCUGUCGCCAAUCAUUUUCAGAAACAAGUCAAUGAUGAUAAUAUUAUGUGUAUUAAAAGAAUAAUAUGAUUUAUCUAUAUUUAAUUUGUUAUUAUGAUUGCAAUUUAAUUAAACAUGCGUUUGCUUAUAUAG